UAUAUAUUAUGUAUGCUAGCAAUAUGAAAAUUUUAACACUAAACACAAAUAAUACCUCGCCUACCGCUCAGGGCGGCGGAGGAGCACCUGCCACUGCAAAAGAAUUAAAUAAUGAGGGAAGUGGAAGUGGUGGAGGCAGUGUUGGUGGUAGUGGCAGUGGCAGCUCAGGUUCGAAUCACAAAUCGAACAAGCGUGAGCAAAAACAUAAUAGUAAAACGAAAUUUCUACAUGGUAACAACAAUAAAAUGCAACAACAUAUAACACAGCAACAACAACAGCAGCACCAACAACAGAAAUACCAUCAUAGUAACAACAAUAACAAUAAUGGUGGCAACAAAGUGAAAAAACAACAUUACAAUAAUAGUAACAACAAUACCACUUCAUCAUUGAAUCGUAAAAAAUACUAUCAACAACAGCAGCAACAACAACAUCAACACCAGCAGCAACAACAUCAUUACCAGCAGCAACAGCAACAACAUCAACAACAACAACAGUAUUUAUCGGCCAUGCAACAAACCAUAAACUCUACACCCACAACCACAACAAUUACAAAUAACAAUAGUAGUUUAGCUAAAAAUCAAAAUUAUCCCCCCAAUAUGGAUUUACUCGUUCUACAGCCACAGCCACAGCAGCAGCAACGUAAUAUCACCAACAAUACAAACAAUAAUUUAAUAAAUCACAAUACAAACCCAAUCGAUACAACAUGCUCUUGCUUGUUGCAACAAAACAAUUCUGAUGAAUUAGCAACUAGUUCAUCAGCAUCUACCUCGUCAACAGCAACAGGCGAUUAUCAUCGCCAAACGUCUUCGACCAGCUCCCAACAACCCACAACACCAACUAUCUCACCAUCAUGUAUUAGUUGCUGGACAAAUUUUAGCAAAUUGUCUCAGCAGCAACAACAACAGGCAACUUCAACUAAUUACAAAUUAACAAAUACUUCUAGUAACUUACAAGAGUUUGUAGCGGCUGCAGUUGCCAGCAAAAGUAAUACGAAUCAAAAUUUGACAAGAACUACUUCCUCGUCAGCUUCAACACCUUCAGCAACAUCAACAAAUACCACAACUUCAUCCUCGUUGACUUCUUCAGCUACAAAAAAGAAAUCAUUUUGGAAAAAUUCAAAUACUAGUGGUGGUAGUGGUGGUGGCGCUGGUACUGGAAGUGGAAGUUUAAGUGGCAGUUUAACAUCUUCAGGCUAUUCUACGGGGAGUAGCACAACUCAAUCGCCCAAAUUAUCUAAAGAGAAGCAUAAUGUAUCGGAUAAAAAUCUCUUAACAAAUACGGAUGGUGGUAAUAGACAAACUUUGGGUAAAAGUAGCAACAACAAUGCUCAAAAAUAUUCCACAACAGUAGCUGCUAACAUCAAUACAAAUCAACAAAAACAUAUUUCCAAAAAUCAGGUUCAAUCUGUGGAUAAAAUAGCAAUGAACACAUCUGCAACAGGAUCAAGUGGUGCAACAUCUAUAAAAUCUACAGCAACAAGUAAGAGCAAUACUUCCUUAUCAAAAACUUCUGCAACACCCCCAAAACAGCAGCACCAACAGAAUACCUUUGGAAAGCUCAAUGAAUCAAAGCAAAUGAUAAAAUCACUAACAAUUAGUAGCAACAGUAGCGAUAGAAAUAAAACGAAUUCAUUGGAAAGUACAACGACUACAUCGUCGUCAACAUCUGCAACAACGUCGUUGCCAACAUCACCAAAUUCCUAUAGCUUAGAUUUUCUACAUUCGGUUGGUGUAAAAAUGACAGGUGUGGCCGUGCGAUCAUCUGGUGUUCAAGGUUCAACGAAUGCAUAUGGAAAUCAAUCAUCAACCAUUUCGCCAGUACACAACAGUUAUCCCUACACGGCAAUGACAACAAAUCAACGUCAACCACGUUAUAUGUACGGUGGCGGUGGCUCAAAUACUAAUAGUGGUGGCGGUGGUGGCAAUCAUCAUCAUCAUCAGCCCUCUCAGUUGACUAUUGCUUCAUUUUUACAAAAGGAUUUACUAGGAGGAGACAAUGUAAUCUCAAAUGCGAAUAAUGAUAGUAGUAGUAAUAGCGCAGGAGCAUCGUCUUCCAACUCCAGAAAUGCUAAUUGUUAUAAUGAUCAGCAACAACAACAACAGCAGCAUUAUACGCAUCAACAACCUCCCACACAUGCCCGCUAUCAUCACAGUUAUUAUGCCACUCCAUAUCAGCAACAAUCGACGGGGGGUUUACAGCAUACAAAUUAUGGAGGUGGAGGAGCAUAUGGAGGUGAAUUAAAUAGAUUAGUAACAAAUGGUGGAGGAGGUGGUGGUGGUCAAAGAAAUUCAUCUUAUGCUUAUACAAAUUAUCAUAAUGCACCCUCUGAUAAAAAUAAUUCUAUGCCACAACAGCAAUCACGACAGCAGCAGAAUAAUGCAGCUACUUAUGCAAACUCAUUAAAUAACUCACAAGGAAAUAAAAAAUCUUCAUAUGCUUCUAGUACAACAUCAAAUUGUUCGACUUCGUCUUCGAAAUCGAAUUCUUCAAAUACUUCCAGCCGUCAAUUGCAGGUUCAGGAAUCAAACAAUAGCUCGUUAAAUUUAAAUUUAGCCAUUGAGACUUUGCCAUCAAAAACAUUAGGCGUUGGCAAUCAACGUGGGAAUCAUCGAGGACAUCACAACAAUCAUCAUAGUCAUCAUCAUCACAAUCACCAUGGUCAUCAUCAUCAGCACUCAAUGAUGAAUUCACCCAAUAUGUUACAACAUCAAAACUAUUACAACUUAACGUAUGUGAGUACCGAUGGCUCUGUAAGUGGCACCACAUCGAGGGGCUGUAGUCCGGGGCCUCAAUCUCUGCCGCCCACGCCGUUGUCAGCAACAAAUAGCCACAGUCCCAAACCCCUGGAGAAUAGCCCCGGUCCUGUGGCCAUGUUAAUGAAUUUCAACAGUCACUUGCAAUAUCCCAGAUAUGCCAAUACGCAACAACAGAUGGCUGUACAACAGCAGCAACAAUUUCACCAAUUUCAGCAGCAACAGCAAACCUUUUUAAAUAAAAAAAUGUUGGCUCCCUUAACGCUGACCAUGCCUUCACCGUCGCCUUCUCCUACACCGCAGACCAACACUGCAAGUACUUCUUUAAACACUCAACAAGCACCGCCCCCGCCUCAUAAUAUAAUAUGCUGUUCGCAAUUAGAUGAAGCUACCACUGCUGCCGCGGCUGCUGCGGCCACGUCUUCAUCGACUUCUGGAGUCAUUGCUGGCAAUGAUUACGAUUCAGAUAACUCUUCGAAUCAUUCUUCGGCACAACAUAAAUAUAAUUCCAUAAAAGCGAUUAAGUCCUCCCUGUCCUCAGUGUCUUCGUCGUCGUCAGCCUCUACCGCUUCGCUAUCUCUGAUGGCACAACAAACGCAGCAACAUAAUUGUAGUCAACCUACAACACCAGCUACGUGUGGACCUACGACUCCCCUACAUAGUCCUUUGGAGUAUAACUACAGCGGGGCGGCAACAACACAUGUAUUUCCCAAUCUACAAGUUUCACAACAAUUGGCCCCUCAACACACCUACAAAUCGAGCAACGAAACUUCACAUCUGCCUCAAAUUUAUAGUAAUAACGGCAAUGGUGUUAUAUCGCUACUAAAUUUACCCACAAAAUCUCCCAGUGGUUACACAGAUGAUGAUUACCAGCAGCAACAGCUACCACAUCAGUUUUAUUUGAAUACAACUGCUGGCCAAACAGCCGCCGAUCAAUUAAAUAUUGCAUCAGCAUUAACAGCUGUUGCCAAUCGUUCUAACGGCAGCGAUGGCUACUGGAGUCCCUCGCAUCUCAACAAUCAAUUUGUAUAUCAACAAACAUCUUCGGCUCAAGUGGCUCUAAUUCCACGAUCGUCAUCAUCCUCAUGCGCUUCUUCAUCGGCCUCGUUAUCACCUCGCCUGUCAAACGAUGAAGUUCAACAAACACAGCAAUCGUUGCACCGUACCUGUUGCCCAAACAGUACCUGUUCGUCGCCAUCUCCCUGUGCGUCCUGCUUAAAUGAUCAAUUUGGUAACAUAAUCAUUGGAACCAGUUCGAGUGCUGAUUCUGUUAGCGGGGGAAGUAUUAAUUCCACAAAUGGAGGACACAAUUACAAAAGGGGCUCGUCGCAGUUAUUGGCACCACAACAACAGCGUUUGAUAGCACAACAAACAUAUCAAUCCUCAUCAUCUUCGACAUCUUCAUUGUCCGGUUCAUCAGCUUCUACCUUAACCAGUGCUGUACGAGCUCGUGGUGGAGGUGGAGGAGGCGGAAUUAAUACUAACAACGGACGUACUAAUAAUCAAUUGCCACUGCCACAAAAUUCACUAACUACAUCGGUUGGUGGACCUCAACAGCUGCCGCCGCCUCCACCAGCACAACAUUUUUAUUCACACCACCAACAACAACCAUUACCACCCCCACUGCCGCCCCACAACUUACUUUAUAACAAUCCUCAAACUCAUCAUAUGCGUGCCUUAAGUAGCUCAUCGAUUAGUUCAUCAGUGCAUGAUUUCUUUACACAUACCCCGCCUGAUCGCUUUUUGGCACGGGCACAUCUGGUCGAAGCCAAAGAAGCACCAGUCACUUUACUAAAUAACUCCAAAUGGGAUAAUCUUUCGCAGGGUAUUUGGAAAAAGUUCAUUAGUUCCCAACAAACCGAAGAAACGUUUAAGCAGAAAAUGCGUUUAUGGCGCUUUUUGUAUGUGUUUAUUAAGAAUGCCUACCCACGUUAUGGUCUCUAUUUGGUUGGUUCUACAAUAUCGGGCUUUGGUUCAGAUUCAUCUGAUGUUGAUAUGUGUUUAGUUUCUCGAAGUGCUUCUAGUAUCGAUCCCCGUAUGGAGGCUCUAUUUAAUUUGACUGUAUUACGCGAUUGUCUUAGUAAAUCUGGUGAAUUUGAGAAUUUCAAUUUAAUUGAAGCAAAAGUACCAAUUUUACGUUUUCGUGAUCGCAUAAAUCAAUUGGAAGUUGAUCUCAAUUUUAAUAAUUGUGUUGGUAUUAAAAAUACUCAUCUGCUUUAUUGUUACUCACAGCUUGACUGGCGUUUACGUCCUCUGGUGUUGGUAACAAAGUUGUGGGCUCAAUACCAUAAUAUAAACAAUGCUAAAAACAUGACAAUAUCUAGUUAUUCGUUGGUGUUAAUGGUUAUACAUUUCUUGCAAUACGCCGUGAAUCCACCAGUACUACCUUGUUUACAUGAAAUGUUUCCCUAUAAAUUUCCCCGGCUACGUUCAAAUGAUUUUGGUUAUGUGGACAUGAAUGAAACUAUAGGACCCUAUGAGAGCAAAAAUCCUCAAACUAUUGGAGAAUUAUUUUUAUGUUUUCUUGAGUACUACAGCUAUUUCGACUAUACACAAUACGCUAUAUCUAUACGCACGGGUGGACUUUUGCCCAUAAAUGUAUGUCGUAUAGCAAAAUCUAUUAAAAAUGAUAUACACCAGUGGAAAGAAUUAUGUAUUGAGGAACCAUUUGAUUUAACAAAUACAGCACGCUCUGUAUAUGAUUUUGAAACAUUUGAACGCGUUAAGGCAGUAUUUGUGGCAUCGUGGCGUGUUCUACAGGAAACAUUAGAUUUAAAUUCGGUAUUUUCACCAAUUAACAUACCAUCGCCAUGUGCAACUGGAGCUAGUGCACUGACAAAUACAAAUGUCACAACAACCACCACAACAGCAUUCAGUGAAAUAGAUUCUGAUGUUGUUACCAAUGCAAAACAUCAUUUACAGCAGUAUGUAAAUACAAAUUCUACACUUAAUGAUUUGGGCCUUACAACAGCUGCCACUGUUGAGAACUACGAGGAACAUAAUAAACAUACAUCUAUUGAUGAAGAGUUGGGGGUAGAUAUUGGCGGUGGCAGCACUGAUGAAGCUGAUAAUAAUGUUACAGUCACUAAUAAUGUUACUACAAUUGCUAACAUUAGUAGCACACAGAAAUUGUCCAAGCGUAAAGAUUUAAAUCGUACUUUGACACCGCGCCAAAUUAAAAUGUACGAUGAGAAGGAAUUUCCAGCUACUUUGCCUCAAACUCAAAAGUCACCAGUGUCUUCUGUGUCUUCAUUGACUUGUAUUAAAACUAGUGCAAAGAAUGUUAAUAGAAACAAUAGUAACAAAACAACCACUCCCAUAAAAUCCUGAGUAAUGCGUUUGAUAUGUUUUAUAUGUCCUGUUUUGAUGAUCUCUUGUCCUACCACCAAUAGCUAACAUAAUAAUAUUCCCUCAAGAUCAUCUGCAACCCACAACAGCAACGCGAAACUAUCAACAUAAGCAAUCACCAACACUGUUA